GAGAUCGAAAGAUCAGAUAAGCUGGUCCUCAACAGCAUCACCAGUCAGAAAGAAGUAAACACGAGUGCUAAUAUACCUUCACCGCUGAAGAAUGUCGUUUCUGCUCGAUUGGUUCUACGACGUGCUGGCGGCGUCCAUAGGGCUGUGGCGGAAGGAGGCCAAGAUCCUCUUCCUCGGCCUCGACAACGCCGGCAAGACCACCCUCUUCCACAUGCUCUCGCAAGAGGCCGGUGCUCAUCAUCCUGCAAGUUUGGCUCGAUUGAUUGGGUUGAUGGUGUUACCGACGGCAGGGAUGCAGCUUUGCUCAUCAUCGUGUGUGGUUUGUGUUGGUGUAUGUAUGCAGAAUCCAGCUCUGACGGUGCACCAGCCGACGCAGCAUCCGACCUCGAACGAGUUGAGAAUCGGGCGGAUCAGAUUCAAGGCGUUCGACCUCGGCGGCCACUGGAUCGCACGCCGCGUCUGGAGGGACUACUACGCCCAGGUCGAUGCAGUAGUUUAUGUGGUGGAUGCUGCCGACAGGUGCCGGUUCGCCGAGUCGAAGAUGGAGCUGGAUGCCCUCCUGUCAGACGACGCGCUUGCUGGUGUGCCAUUCCUUGUCCUCGGGAAUAAGAUAGACAUCCCGUACGCUGCGCCGGAGCAGGAGCUGUGCUACUACCUUGGGCUCACUGGCCUCACCACCGGCAAGGGCAACAUCAACCUCACGGGGGCCAGCAUGCGGCCAGUAGAGGUCUUCAUGUCCAGCGUCGUCCGCAAGAUGGGUUACGGCGACGGCUUCAGGUGGAUGUCACAAUAUAUAAAGUAGAACACGGUAGAGACUGAUGACAUGUGUCUAUAUAUUUCUUGUAUCAUCAAUGAAUCCAGGCAUUCAUACGAAGAAUAAAAAUCAUUUCAC